AUGAGGCCACGGCCGCCGGUUGACCUGCGGGAAGGACCGACAGAAGGUACCCGAUUGCGUAGUCGCAGCCCCAUUGUUAGACAUCGUUUGGCAGGUUUGUUGGUCGAGGCGAAGGAUUGGGCGACACAAGUACUCGAUGGUAUUGGCGAUUCUGAAACCGAAUGUUGGGACCCUGGCCUUAGAGUUGAAAAUCGAAGUGGGUGUGCCGACUGGCGCGCACAGGCCAGGGCCAUUCUCACGAAGGGUUCCUCCUUAGGGAGUGUAGGAAGCCAUCUAGCGGAUCUCAUGUUGGCAUCGGUUGGACCUCUUGGGGAUUUUACGCGCCUGUUUUGUUCAACGCAGCCGCCCCCGGCCGUGAGGCCAUCGGCAAGGAGGCGCGGUGAAGUACUUCCCAUUCCCCUUGAGGCCAUAACCACAGAGCUUGAAGGCGUAGAUCCGCACAACCUGGACUGGGUGAGAGCUACGGUAAUGGUGCUGAACUACUUGUAUUGUGGCGGUGGAGCCAAGUCAAUGGGCGUGCCGAUUGAGCCUUCGCUACAGGAGAAUCAGCGAAUGGCUGUGAGGAGAUUAGGAGAAAACCUCAGGCGUCUCGGCCUUGCUGAACCAGUCCGCAUCCCCUCGCUCGAGGUGGUCCGUGCACAGAUGGGCCCUGAGGGAUGCAGUGACUACGGAAGGCCGCUUCAAUGUUUGGAUGUCUUGGACGCUGAAAGGGUUAUUGCGGCGCGGCCGCCGGUUGGAUCCGCUGGAGUUGUACCCAUUGUUGAGUUGCUCAGCGGGAACCUCUCGGACGUUGUCCGUGACCCCACGGGGUGGUGGCUUCCCGAUGACCUGAAGCCACAGAAAAGGACCCGAUCUGACGUUAUGGCCUCAGAUGAAGCGUGGUUCAGCAUCUGUCAAGCUGGCCAUGCACGCAACUUGAUGAAGGUGGUAUCAGAUGACCAACUUCACAAGGACCGUGAGGGUCAUUACAUCACCAUUGGGGCCGGAGGAGCAUUGUUGCUGUUCUCGGUCCCGGACCGGUGGCUCCCACAUUUUGCCUUCUCAAAGAAGGUCUGCGCUUCGGCGUUUGGUGGAACGAAAGGAGUUCUAGUGAGGCCGGCCUGGAGGGUGCUGCCCUGCGGUUGGAAAAAUUCGUUGAAUUUGGCCGAAGAGGCGCUUCGUCACUUGGUGUUUGGAAAGUGCGGGGUGCCAAGGCCCAGACCAACGGGAGGCCGUCUACCCCGUCAGCAGGAUGAGCCACUCGCGGUGGAAUGCGUCGAUCCUGUAGAGGAGAUGAGCUGCUUGAGGAAGUUCGGGAAGGAACUGGAGGCUGGAGAAGUUUCCGAACUGCACCGCAGAUUUACGGUCGUGUGUGAGUCGGUGGGCCUUCCGCCUGCGGUGGCUAGGCGACUGAUUCUGUCUCUUACGAGAGUGUUCGAUGUUUCCGUUGUUGAUGAUCAUACAGGAAGCUUGCGGGCAUCUAGGGCAGAAGUCAUGGACUUUGUAUCCUGGUCCCUGAGCUUGCUCCAGUCUGAGGUAUGGAACCAAUCGCAAGUACGUCAGUGGGCAGGCAAGGCAAUCUUCAUGGCGACGUUCGAUCGCCCUUUGCUCUCAAUUUUGGAAGAGAUGUUCCCGCUGGCCGUGACUGGUAUCCGCGGAGGAUUGGCGCCCAGUUCGAAGAAGAAUGAAGAGAUGAUAUGUUUUCUGGUUUUGUCCUUGCAGGCUGGCAGGCCCCUGAAAUUCAGUCUGUCGGAUGAAAUCUCUUGCACCCAGGUUUCGCCCAUGGGCGGGAGCUGCGCUACGGCGGUAUCCUUCCUCGACAGAAGUCUAGAGGUUGCGCCAGCAGAGGAUGCCGAGGAUUCGUGUACGGCAUGCGGCAGCGAGCUCAAGCUAGACAGAGCGAUCUUUCCUUGCCCAUGGGCGUGUGGAAAAAGGGGAUGCUCAAUCGCAUGCGCCCAAUCGCACUUCGAGCAGGGGGAGUGCCCGCGCCGAAGUUUCGGUGUUCCUCGCUUUGGGGAGCGGUUCGCGGGGGCAAACUUCCCCCUCACAAAGUCGGUCGCUCUGGCGGGUGGCGCCGUUCAACGGCCCCUGGACAUCCUGAUCAAAGACAACUCCUGGGACUAUUUUUCGGAGCCUGGGAAAGCAGCAUUGGAGUAUCUCGAGAAGGCUAGGGACGACCAGGUGAGGGUUCGGCACGAGAACAAAAUGGCGAAGCGUAGCCUGAAGAGCCUGGAAGCAGCAGAUCGCCAAGGCGGGUUCGCGGCUCUUGAGCACCCCUAUGACUCCUGGCUAUGGAACACGGAAGAACUUGAGGAAGUUCAGUCGCGACCAGGCUUCAUGAUCUCUACCUGGUCCUUCUGUUGCUUCGGGGCCCCCAAGCCAAGAUGGGCAUCAUUGCUACACAACUCGCCACGGGUGCACCAGGCGCUUCACCGCCCUAAAUGCAACUGCAAUCCCUCUAUGGAGGUGUGUGAUGACCCCGAGAGAAAGGCCGCUGAAAGCAGAGAAACUGAUGAGUACCCCUGGCGCUUCUGCUUGGCGUACGCUGAAGCCAUCAUGGCGGAUCUGAAAUCGUUGAUGAUCCCACCUCUGGGGACGGCGCAGUUCGAUCUGCCCCACCUCCUGUAUAACCAGAUCAUGGGAUCGGCCAGGGGAAUGCAAAGUGAGGACCUGGUCUACAAGCUGGUCAUAGAAGUGGAGCAGAUGGUGCGCCACAUGGAGUUGGGCGAUGAACGCAAUCACCUGAUUAACUUGGCGAGGCAUUUGAAGCUGAAGGGAACGGAUCAUCAGUUGCUGGGGCCAAAGGAGCUGGCCAAUGGCAGGGAGAUGUUAAUCCCAUACCCUGCGUUCCGGUGGAGAUGGGAAGUUCAGAUCGCCCAGGCCUGGCCGUCUGAGCGGAGUGUCAGGGUGCUGGAAGUGAUCUUGCUUCUAGCCGAGCUCAACCGCCGGGCCAGGUCCCUCCGUAACAAUGGCCAGUUGUACAUCAACAUAGUCAACAGUGAGCUCUGCCUCUGGGCAAUCAACAAAGGGCGUUCAUCGUCUUUACGAGUGAAUCGAGUCCCUCAAAAAUUGAUCACGCUGACCAUGGCCACGGGCAUCAAACCUAUUAUGGCCUGGACGUUGUCCAAGUGGAGCCGUUUCGAAAGUGGGUCAUUGGAACCAUCCGCGUGA